AUGACCACACUAUCGGAGUCUGGCACCGUAACGUGGCAGAAUGGUGCCACGUGGCUGCACCGAGUUCCGUGGUGGUUACCCUUCGUCCCAUGGGCUGGAAUAGCAGUCGGAACGCUGUUUCUCGCGUAUCGCCUUGUGUAUGUGCCGUACCGCAUAGUGCGGCUGUGCAAGAAGCAAGGGAUUCCCUUCCUGCCGUUCAAACCUAUCAUUGGUCAAGCGCUCGAUCUCUACCGUCGCUCCCCUCCUUCUACCCCACCGUCCCCCAACCAAACCCCCCCUCCCCGCAUCCUGCCGUCCCCCUGCUGUCCCCUCCCCCCAUGCACUCCAGACCUAUCAUUGUACGGGGACGUGUUUGGAUUCACUAUAGGGGCGACGGUGCAGCUGAUUAUAACGGAUCCUGCACUAGUGAGACAGGUCCUGCUCUCAAGCAGCGGGCGAUUCACCAAGACAGCAAGGGCGCGCAAGGUGCUGAGGCUGCUGGGGAACGGUCUGCCUCUCUCAGAGGGGUCACUGUGGGCCCGGCAGCGCCGCAUCAUCAACCCUGCCUUCCGACCUGCUGCCAUCAAGGUGGGUCGUAAGGUCACUAAGGCCCUACGCCUGCUUGGGACAGGUCAGGCUCUCUCAGAGGGGUAUCUGUGGGCGCGGCAGCGGCGCAUCAUCAACCCUGCCUUCCGCCCCGCCGCUAUCAGGGUGAGGCUUGUGACCCUGUGGUUAUCUGGUGCAAGACUAUGGCGGGCAGCGCGCGACCUGCUGGCGCUGAUGCUAGCAGCACAUGAUGAGGCAGGCAACGAGCAGAUGACGGAUCAACAGCUCAUGGACGAAUGCAUCACCUUCCUCCUCGCUGGCCAUGCCACCACUGCGCAUCUGCUGACAUGGACGUUCUAUCUGCUGGCGAAGCAUCCCGACUGGCAGGAGCGGCUGAGGGCAGAGCUGAAGCAGGCGCUGUCUCAGCAGGGGGCACGAGACACAUCAGCAGUCACCACAACCACCACAGGGACAGGAGCAGCAGAAGUGGCAGGAUCAGAAACAGGAGGAGCAAAUCAAGAAGGGAGAAGCCAAGGGGGGCCUGCAGGGGAGGGAGAGGGGCGAGGACAGGAGGGAGGAGUGCAAGAGGAAGGCAAGAAAGAAGGAGGAGCGGGGCGGGUGACAUGGGAGGUGGUGGCAGCACUGAAGGCCAUGGGCAUGGUGCUGCAGGAAAGCAUGCGCAUGUUCCCCCCUGUCCCUUUCAUAGGCCGAACGUGCCAACAGGCGUGCAGGCUGGGGCCAUACGACCUACCGCGGGGCACGGAUGUGCUGAUACCAGUGGCCAUGCUGCACUAUGACCCGCGCUACUGGGGCCCUCAUGCCCUCGACUUCAACCCCAACCGCUUCGCCAAAGGGCCGGACGAAGCCUGUUCUCAUCCCCAGGCGUUCCUCCCCUUCGGUUCCGGCCCGCGUAUCUGUAUUGGAAACAACUUUGCCCUCACCGAAGCAAAGGUGGUCCUAGCGCACAUCCUCCGGCGAUUCUCAUGGCGCCUAUCCCCAGCCUAUAGGCAUUUCCCCAACCUUCAGCUGUUACAGAUGACCCCAGGGUCUAGUACGGUAACGUGGCAAGAUGGUGCCACGUGGCAACACCAGAUUCCCUGGUGGUUAGCCUUCGUUCCGUGGGCUGGAAUAGCAGCCGGGACGUUGUUUCUCGCGUAUCGCCUCGUGUAUGUGCCGUACCGCAUAGUGCAGCUGUGCAAGAAGCAGGGAAUUCCCUUCCUGCCGUUCAAGCCUUUCAUUGGUCAAGCGCUCGACCUCUACCGUCUCACCCCUCCUCCUGCGUCACCGUCCGCCUCCUCCCCCGCCUCAACCUCCCCCGCCUCAACCUCCCCCGCCUCAACCUCCCCCGCCUCAACCUCCCCCGCCUCAACCUCCCCCGCCUCAACCUCCCCCGCCUCAACCUCCCCCGCCUCAACCUCCCCCGCCUCAACCUCCCCCGCCCCAACCUCCCCCGCCUCCGCAUCCCCUUCCUCCGCCUCCUCCGCACCCGACUCUCCUCCCCCCACGCAUGGCCCGGCUGUGUUUCUUCCGCGGCUGUAUGAGUGGCGCCAGCAGUACGGGGACGUGGUCGGGUUCACUAUAGGGGGGACGGCGCAGCUGCUUGUAACGGAUCCUGCACUAGUGCGACAGGUCCUCCUGUCGAGCAGCGGGCGCUACACCAAGACAGCGGGGGCGCGCAAGGUGCUAAGGCUGCUGGGGAAGGGCCUGCCUCUCUCAGAGGGGUCGCUGUGGGCGCGGCAACGGCGCAUCGUGAAUCCGGCCUUCCGCCCUGCAGCGAUCAAGGAAAUGGUGGAAAUCAUGGAUGGGCAGGGUCAGUCUUUGGCGAACUCAUGGUCGCACCAACUGCAGCAGCAGAGGGAGAGGAGUACAGAGAAAAAGCAGGAGGGUGCCUAUAAGGAGGGUGCUUGUAAGGAGCGUGCGUGCAUGGAGGUGGACGUGCAGGAGAGCAUGUCCCUCAUGGCUCUGGAUGUCAUCGGCCUCGCUGCCUUCGGCUCUGCUGUCAUGCACCAGGGGGGCGGGGAGGAGGGGGGAGCGGUGAAGGAGGGGGGCUUGAAGGAGGGUGAUAGGCUCAUGUCUAGAGCACCAGCAGCAGCGCCAACACCAGCAGUGGCAUCGGCAACGGAUCCAGUGCAGCUGUACAACGCAUUGUCCAAGCUGGCAGAGCUGGGAGCCAAGAGAGUCUUCUCCUGGAGAUCCCUCGUGCCCUUCUAUGACAUCCUGCCGCUUCCUGAAAACUUUGCCCUGUGGGCAGCAGAGAAGAAGAUCCGCACCCUGACCUUGCACCUGAUAGGCAAGAGGCGGGCAGCAGCAGCAGCAGUGCAUGCGGAGGAAGCACACGGCAAGUCAGAGAAGCAGCAGGGGGUCCCAACAGGGAGGGCAGCUCGCGACCUGCUGGCGCUGAUGCUGGCAGCACAUGAUGAGGCAGGCAACGAGCAGAUGACGGAUCAACAGCUCAUGGACGAAUGCAUCACCUUCCUCCUUGCUGGCCACGGCACCACAGCACGCCUGCUGACAUGGACGUUCUAUCUUCUGGCAAAGCAUCCCGACUGGCAGGAGCGGCUAAGAGCAGAGCUCAAGCAGGCGCUGACUCAGCAGGGGGCGCGUGACACGUCAGCAGCCGCCACAACCACCACAGAAACAGGAGCAGUAGAAGAGGCAGGGGAGAGGAAGGAGGACAGGAGGGAGCAGGACGAGAGGGAGCAGGAGAGGGAGCAGGACGAGAGGGAGCAGGACGAGAGGGAGCAGGACGAGAGGGAGCAGGACGAGAGGGAGCAGGACGAGAGGGAGCAGGACGAGAGGGAGCAGGACGAGAGGGAGCAGGACGAGAGGGAGCAGGACGAGAGGGAGCAGGACGAGAGGGAGCAGGACGAGAGGGAGCAGGACGAGAGGGAGCAGGACGAGAGGGAGCAGGACGAGAGGGAGCAGGACGAGAGGGAGCAGGACGAGAGGGAGCAGGACGAGAGGGAGCAGGACGAGAGGGAGCAGGACGAGAGGGAGCAGGACGAGAGGGAGCAGGACGAGAGGGAGCAGGACGAGAGGGAGGAGAGCCUGCGCAUGUUCCCACCCGUCUCCUUCAUCAGCCGCACGUGCCAGCAGUCGUGCAGGCUGGGGCCAUACGACCUACCGCGGGGCACGGAUGUGCUGAUACCAGUCGCCAUGCUGCACUAUGACUCUCGCUUCUGGGGCCCUGAUGCACUCGACUUCAAUCCCGUCCGCUUUGCCAAAGGACCAGAUGAGGCCUGUUCUCAUCCCCAGGCGUUCCUUCCCUUUGGUUCGGGCCCGCGUAUUUGCAUCGGAAACACCUUUGCGCUCACCGAGGCAAAGGUAGUUUUGGCGCACAUCCUCAGGCGGUUCUCGUGGCGCCUCUCCCCGGCCUACAAGCACUUCCCCAUCAGUGCAGUCACUCUGCGGGCCGGAUUCGGCAUGCACCUUAUUGUUGAGCCACUGGCAGACUCAUUUUGA